GUGACGUAGGAUGACCCUCGACCUCGCAGCUUCCCACGUGGUUUCAUGAAGGAGCGGAGCAGAAACAUGCGGAGUAGCAACGAACAGACAGAAAAGAUGAAGAAAGCCCGAGAGAAAACGACAAAGAGGAGUAAAGAAGAAGAAGAGGAAAAGGAGGAGGAGAUCUUUAACUUCAAAAACAAACCUGCUGAAGAAAAAGAAGAGGAGGACGAUGAUCUGUCGGACAGUGAAGAAAGUGUCUUCUCUGGACUCGAGGAUUCUGGGAGUGAUAGUGAGGAAGACGACGACGAUGACAAAGAGGAGGAUGAUGAGGAUGCUGCAGAAGAAGGUGAUGGUAGUGAUGAGGAUGUGACCGUGGAGUCGCAGAACAAUCAACAGACAGAGGGAAAGACAAAGAAGAAAAAGGGUGGAGUUACAGGAGAACAACAGAAAGACGAGUAUGAACAGGAUUCAUCAGAUGAGGAGGACAUCCGGAACACUGUGGGGAACAUUCCCAUGGAGUGGUACAAAGACUUCCCUCACAUCGGCUACAACCUGGACGGCAAGAAAAUCUACAAACCAAUCAGAAACAAGGAUGAACUUGACGACUUCCUGGACAAGAUGGAGAACCCGGACUACUGGAGGACGGUCCAUGACAAACAGACAGCGAGGGACGUGGUUCUGUCAGACGAGCAGGUGGAUUUGGUGAAUCGUCUGCAGAAAGGACAGUUUGGAGACGUCAACUUCAAUGAGUACCAGCCCACAGUUGAGUUCUUCAGUAAAGACGUGAUGAUUCAUCCUGUCACAAACAGACCUGCAGACAAACGCAGCUUCAUCCCGUCACUCAUCGAGAAAGAGAAGGUGUCCAAACUCGUCCACGCGAUAAAGAUGGGUUGGAUCAAACCUCGGCGAGUGGACGACGACUCUCGGGGCCGUUUCUACGACCUGUGGGCGAACGAGGACUCGUCGAUUCUGGCCAAUCACAAAAUGCAUCUGCCCGCCCCCAAGACUCCUCUGCCCGGCCACCAGGAGUCGUACAACCCACCCCCCGAGUACCUGUUGACCGAGGAGGAGCUGGCUGUGUGGGAGCAGCAGGAUCCGUCGGACAGGAAGUUCCCGUUUGUCCCCACACGUUUCUCAAACCUCCGUCAGGUUCCUGCGUAUCAGCGUUUCAUUCACGAGAGAUUUGAGCGCUGCCUCGACCUUUACCUGUGCCCCCGACAGAGGAAGAUGAGGGUGAAUGUGAAUCCAGAGGAUUUGAUUCCUAAUCUUCCAAAACCCAAAGACCUGCAGCCGUUUCCUACGACACAGUCUCAGGUGUACCGUGGUCACAGUGGUCUGGUCCGGUCCAUCAGUGUGUCUCCAACAGGACAGUGGCUCGCUUCAGGUUCUGACGACGGUUCUGUCAGGUUCUGGGAGGUGUGUUCGUCUCGCUGUAUGAAGACAGUCCAGGUGGGCGGAGCUGUGAAGAGCGUCGCCUGGAACCCAAAUCCAUCUGUCUGUCUACUUGCUGUCGCCCUGGACUCGGUAGUGUUGGUCCUGUCGCCCUCUCUGGCAGACAGACAGGUUGUCUCAUCGUCAGAGCGACUCCUGUCUGGAGAGCAGGAGUCAACAGAGGAGGCGGGGCCUGUGACCUGGAGCGACACCGAGGAGGAGGAGCAAAGUCAGGGCAUCCGCCUCAAAAUCCAACAUCCCAAAGCCGUCCACCAGGUGGUGUGGCACUCUAAAGGAGACUACCUGGCGUCAGUGAUGCCUGAUCACUCAAGCCACCUACAGGUGUUCAUCCACCAGGUGAGCCGGAGGCGUAGUCAGAACCCCUUCAGGAAGAACAAAGGCCUGGUUCAGUGUGUGUCCUUCCACCCUGUGAGGCCGUACUUCUUUGUAGCCACACAGCGAUCGGUGAGGAUCUACAACCUCGUCAAACAGGAGAUGACCAAGAAACUGCAGGCCAACUCCAAGUGGAUCUCCAGCAUGGCCGUCCACCCCGGGGGUGAUCAUGUGAUCUGUGGAAGUUAUGACUGCAAACUGAGCUGGUUUGACCUCGACCUCUCAACUAAACCCUACAAGAUGUUACGGCACCAUAAAAAGGCGGUGAGGGGCGUGGCCUAUCACAGAAAUUACCCACUGUUUGCGUCGGCGUCUGAUGAUGGCUCAGUCAUCGUGUGUCACGGAACCGUUUUCAAUGACCUGCUGCAGAAUCCACUCAUCGUCCCGGUGAAGGUCCUCAGAGGUCAUGUGAUCACUCAUGACCUUGGCAUUCUGGAUGUGACCUUUCACCCCACACAACCCUGGGUCUUCUCCUCCGGUGCAGAUGCCACCAUCCGCCUGUUCACCUAACAGUCUGCCUGGCAACCGCCCGGCAACCGCAGGGUUGCUAGGAUACAACAGUGAUGUUUAACUGUCUUUCAUCUUGAACUUCAAAACAGUUUUUUCUUUGUUUUUAAUUAAACUCAAACUUUCUGAACGGA